AAAAUCCGUAAGACAUUGCGAGCAUGUCAAACCAUCUUUGCAAAACUUUUCACAUUUUUCUUUCGGCAAAUAAAAUGCCAAAUAUAUCCGUGUAUCAUCUGCUCUACGCUGUUGAUUCCAGGACUAAAUGGCAUUGCCCUUUGGCACACAGUCCCCGGAACUAGACGUACUCAUUGUGGGAGCAGGUCUCUCGGGACUGGCCUCCGCCCUGAAGAUCCUCACCAAGGAGAGCUCCCUGAAGCUGAGGAUCAUCGAGGCGAGUGACGUGCUGGGCGGUCAGCUGGGUGAGAAUGGCAUCAGAUUCUUGGACAGGGAGCAGUUCGACAUGGUCUCCAUUCUGGCCAGCGUGGAGAUGACACCGAGACGGCGGAGUAGUGACAACGAAGGGCUCAGCAGGUGCUGGGACUUGGAUGAAGGAGUAACCGCUCUGCCGGCCAAUUUCGAGCUGGAGCGAUACAUCAAUAUGUUGGAGCUGCGGAUGAAUAAGUUUCGCUCGAAGAACUUCAACCUUCGUGAACGGGUCUCGAAUAUGGAGCAGCAUAUCUGCCAGCAUUUGUUCUUUAGCAAGUCGAGGAACUUUAUGUUCAACCUGGUGGAAGUGGUCUGUGGCGUUCCAGCCAACGAGGUGCUCUACGAUGUGUUCAUGUCCGUGUGCAGCUCCUGCGGCGGUCUCAGGAUGAUGAUUGAUUUCUACUUCACCUAUCCGAGCAGCUUCUACGAGGUCUCCUCUCAGAAGCUGAUUGAGAACAUAUUGAACCAGAUCCCAUUCACUGCCAUCUCCCUCAACACCAGAGCCGUGAAAGUGGAGCACUUCAAGAACUAUGUACAGGUCACGGAUGUGGAUGGCACUAAGCAUACGGCACAGGCCGUGAUCCUAGCCAUACCCUGGAACAAGGUUCAGAAGCUGCAGUUCGAUCCACCCAUUCCGGAUGCAUUCCUGCCACCGGUGGCCUCGAAAGCUGGAAAGAGGCAACAUUGCCUAAUCAGCCAGUUCCAGCUGCGAUAUGAAAAGUCCCAUUGGACGGAACUGGGCUACUCGGGAAACUUUCUUAACUCUCAGCCACUAAUCAGUGCCCACGAGUGCGGUCCGUCCACCAUCGAUGGCUACAUGCUGCACUUAUCCGAGGACAAGGAUGAUGUUAUGGGUGUGGUACUGGACCAUCUGACCGCUCAGCUUGGUGAGGAGAUGCGACAGCCCCUGGAGUGCCGUUGCUUCACCGAUGAGCUGAGCGUGGCACUGCACAAGCCACAGGGGAGGCCUUGGUUCCGGAUCAUCUGGUCCAGCUCCUCCUCUGUGGGCACCACCUACCGCAGUCUCAUCGGCGGAGCAGUGGAGAGUGGCGUCCGGGCAGCGGUGAAUGCUCUAUUCGUGGUAAGGCCCCAGGUGGUUAGCUGGAAGGACAUGCCCGACAUGGGGAAAAAGGGGCGCCUGGAGGGAAGUGGCACCGGUCGCCUCAGGGGACUGCUAAGCCGGCUCAAUCUCUACAAUGUCACCUUCUACACCACCUUUGUGGUGGGAAUCAUCAGCCUGCUCAACUAUGGCUAUGAACGGCUGUCCUAAACGAUAACAACCUGUGCGACUUUAGAAAUUAAAGUGUCCUCUUGACCUUGUC